UACUGUAGUUAGCAAUGCAUUGUGGGCUGCUUAAAUUAAAGCAACAAAACAGAGGCCCUAAACAGUACGCUGAUGUUUUAAAUUACAGGACACUACAGUAUUUUUUGGAAACUGCGUGUUGACUGGGAAAUUUGGAGCACAGAAAUUGAGGCUACUGCUUUUGGUCAAUUUUCUUUAAAAAAUACAGAAAUAAUUUGCCAUUAACUCCUGGAGGGACUUCGGGAACCAUCAUUUGGAUAGGAGAUUUUCCAGAAGAGGACGCACAAUUUAGAUGACGUGCUGCACAUCGUCGAGUGUUCUUCAUCAACAUUCAUCUUGCACCUACAAAUUAAACGUCCAGAAUGAUGUCGAACAUGAGUGAAGAAAUCAAAGAGAUCAUCUGCAAGACCUUGCCAAAUCUGUCUGAAGAGACCCAGUGGCAAAUAAUAUUGAAACUUCAGAGUUCCGGCUUGGAGUCAAAAGAAGACUUAAAAUAUGUACAACAGGAAGACAUUGCUGAUCUGUUACCUGUUAUCCAGCGCAGAAAACUUCUGGAUGCAUUUAAAUUAGAAACCGAGACAGUUGCACUGGAUUUACAAGUCAUUCCAACUUCGUCACCACUGAGUAGUGAUUGGUCGGUGUCUGGGUCUUCAUCACCAACAUUAUGCACUCCACCUAAUUCUAGCUCAUCACAGCUAUCGUCCAUUUCGUCAUGUUCAAGCCAGGCAAGAAACAGUGAGCCAAGCAACAGACCUUCCACAUCUCAGAUUCUGAAAACAUGGCCAGAAAUAUUCCAGGUCCCUUGGGAACAAAUGCCACAGGAAAUUCGUUCUGCAAUUGCAGAUGGCAAGAGACCUAAACCAGUGGAGCGACGCCAGAUGGUACGAGUACUUGCGGAUGAAAUGAGAAGGUAUGAAGCUAACCCCACUCGCGCACAAUGCCUAACUGUGGUUCGAAAUAUCAUCAGGCAGUACCCAAAGAGUUUUGCUGAUAUUGCACCAGAUGGGUCACUUCUGUGUGGAGGUUAUACAUCACUUUUGAUUCAAUUAAAAAACCGCAUUGAGAAUGUGAACCGUGAUAGAAGCUUCUCAUGCCACCGAUCCUCUACAGGCAAGAGGGGUCCAACUGACACAUAUGGAUGUACACGAUUUCAGCCAGAGCUUCCCCCAGAAGAAACUGAUGAAACUGUGGAGCAGCACCGCCAGAGACUGGAGGAGAUUUACAGACAGGAGGGUGCAGGUGGAGCAGAAAGAGCAGAAGUUAAAAAUCUAAUGGAGCUCACAUUCUCUCUACAACGUCGCCAUAUAAAUACACUUCCACCACCUGACAUUGAAGAUGUGAAAAGCAAAUGGCCUUUUCUUUUCAUGCCAAGGUAUAUAUACGCGCAUUUUGAGUUGCUCACAGACAUCAAUGUGCUUCGUAGCUUGGAACUCAGUAUGGAGGAAUGUGGAAGAGCCAUCACAGAAUACUUCAGGGGAAAACCUACCAACAAAGAUGUCAAGGAUAUCCUCUCUAAUGGUGAAGAUAAUGAGAUGGCACUUCGUGUUGUUCAGCUGCUCAUGGCACACUUUGGAGAGGACCUAACCGGGCUGAUCCUUCUUACAGAUGUGUCUGCCACUGCAUCUGACGUUGAGACAACUCUCAGUCUUCCUGCAAGUCCUCGCCUGAUAUUGCCUGUUUCAGGUGCAACAGGGCAAGUCACAAUUAAGGGUUGGAUGAUCACCUUUGAGGGCCGUGUAAUCUCUGAGGGCAUCACACCAACAUUUGCAACGGGACUUGCUGCUAUGUUUGCAAUCUACUACAUAUUCAGCCUUCAGUAUCAAGAUGAGGCAGCCUGCACUCUGGAAUUCAUUCAGAGGCGCUUCAUUGGUAUAAAUCCAGAGAGAGGGACAAAGGCCAAAAGGGGCAAGGUUGUCUCCAAGAAGAAAGGUGUGAUCGUCCAGAAGAAGUCUUCUGCAGUCAAUACACACGUCGCCAUGCUACUGAAGAAUCUCCUUGACUUUGAAUGGAACUUCAUAUAGAUCGUUGCAGCACUGGAAUAAUGCUGCAGAGAGGAACAGCGGCUACCAAAGUGAUAGUCAUCUCUCCUGGAUUCACAAAAACUAAGAUGUAAAAACACAAGCCUACCUCACAGGACAAUUUUAAGAGGUAACCUGCAAGUCUAGCUUGCAGUGGCAAGGUGCCUACCUUACAGUUUCAUCCCUAAAUGUUUUUAUUGAUGCAUAUUGAUACAUCCUGCAAAAAUGUUCUACUGUUCUAUAAUAGUUUCAAAAAGGCCUUAAUGCACAUUUUCAAAAUGUUCUUAAGUAUGUUUUCAAAAUGUUGCCAUUUCUGCAUAUGUUCAAAUGUUAUUAUGAAAGUAUAUUUUUACAGACAGAAGAGAAUAUAUUGCAGAUUACAUAUAUAAAUCUUUUAAGUUGAUUUUUGAGGAAAUUUUUAUCUAACUCACAGGACUAUGUUGAGAGGAAAAAAAUGAGCCUUUGGGCUUUUUUCCCCCAAAAUGUGCAAAAGAUGCUUGCAUGCUGAAUGUUCUUAUGCAUGUUAUCAAAAAGGUCUUAAUGUUCCUUCAACAGUCUUAAUAGUGUAGUUUUCCAAAUAUUGCUAAUGAUGUGUAUUUGUUGCAUUGGUCCUUUUCUUACACCUAUUGUGUUAUUCAAGGUAAAGCUUAAAUUACUGUAGGUAAGAUAAAUCACUUAUGACAAGAAUUUGGUAAGUGUUCAAACUUAUGUCUUAAAUAAAAAAAAAAAAGUCAACUGUAGGUUAUGCCUUUCAAAAAGUUUAUUGCCAUAGUCUAAAGCAGACACUACUGUUUCUGUUUGCUACUAGAUAGCUCUUCUCAGCAUCGUCCAACAGUGUUUAUUUUCUUUUUUCUUUUUUUUUUUUUUUCUUUUUUUGUAUUCAUGUUGACAUUGACAUUGCUCUUUGAAAUAAAGGUAUUUGAUUUAGAAGUUUUUAUUGCUUAAUUUGCAUAGUAUUCACAAUAAUGCAUAUCUUAAGCAAUUGUCUUUAGCCCUGGGAAUAAUGAAGUUCAUUGGGAGACUGAUAUUUUAAAUAUCAUUGCAGACUGAUAUUUUAGGAAACU